AUGCGGGCUGAGCUUGCAGCUCUGAAAGAUCAGAUCAAACAAGUCUCUGAGCAGUUGUACGUUGAGGAGACUGAGAAUAAGAAUUUUAAAUCAGAACUUAAAGAACUUCGUCAAGAGAAAGCAGAUAUAAUAAAAGAUUUAGAUGGUUGCAAACUUACGUGUGAUAAUCGCAUGCAGGCGAAAAUAGAGGAAUUGAAGCAAAAAAGAGGACAAGUUAUGGAGUUAAAGGAAAAAGUGAUCGAAUGCAAAUGUAAAUUGCCACAGGAUGCCGCUGUAGAAGUCAAAAGGACGCCAUCUCUUGCUGCUCUAUGUCAAUGUACUCCUGAGGACAAAUUAUUGGAUUCCUGCUCUUGUACGUCGCUACGUAGUCAGCUUCUAUCGAAUCUACUAACAGAUCUAUUCGAAGGCUUACAAUCAGAACUAAGUGGUUCUGGUUUAAUAAUGCCAUGUCAGUUAUUAAAGUGCUUAGAUGACAAACACAAUUGGGAUCGUUCGAGUGUUAUAAAGACGAACCUGCUCAAUUUCUUUGCGCAAUUACUCAUAGGAGAGCUGGACAUUGCGAUUGCUACGUCCAUUGAAAACUAUCACGCAAAGUGGGUAGGCAAAUCCUGUGCAGAUAAAGUUCGAACAAUUCCCGACUAUGAUGAAACAGAUGAAGGGUGGCAGGAGCGAGCGAUAGAACGUCGUGCUCAGAAAUUAGCUUCAAAGUUAGCAGAACAACUUUACAAUGAGAGAGCUGAGCAAUUUACUAAGAAGGCUGAAGAUAUAGUCUCUAAAGGACCUCCUCCUUGUCAAUGCAAAAAUCAACCGGCGGCGUUUCCUUGUAUUGUGAAGACACCUCAUUCUAUAAACAAUACUCGAAAGACGAAUGAUAUAGCUCCGUCGUAUUUUAAGCGGACUAUGCAAGAUGUAACUCAGCUUAGACUUCAAAUUGAAGAGUUAAAAAAGGAUUCUGUCAAGAAAGAAGAUUUAUGGCAUAUGGAGAACAAGAUAACGAAAAUAGUUCAAAGGGUGGCGAAACCAGAUAAUAUUGCUUCUUCAAGCAAAAAUAAUAAAUGUACUAGAGAUGUUGAUGAACAAAAAGAUAAAGAAUCAGAUUGUGAUAAAUUUUAUGAAACAGAAAAUGCAAUAAAGAAAAGAAAUUCUCAGAAGAAAAACUUUUGCUUUAAUCGGCAAUUUAGUUAUAUGGGAAGAAAUCCUGGUAAAAUUUUCAAAAAGAGAGAACAAUCUUUUGCUGUCAAUGUAUGUUUAUGUGAAACUGACAAAAAAUCAAAUAAAUUAACACUCGAUCGCAGGCAAAAAAGUUUAAAAGCUUGGAAGUCAAAAAAAUCCGGAGAUCUGCGGAAAAAUACACCUAUUGAAAAACAAUCAAAACCGAUGAAAAUUUCAACUUCUAAAGGAUAUAAUAUGUCGCCGGUAAAGAGUUAUCCAAGUCAUCAUCUCUGUCCUAGUGACUGUGCUUGCUUCCAUAAGUUGCCUUCUAACGCAUCUAUAGAUAAUCUGUUGAACAAUUUAUUAAAGUUUAGAGGAGACCUAAUGAACUAUUCUAAAGAUCACACAAAGGAACAAGAAAGUGACUAUAAUAAGGUAGUAUUGAAUUUAACUAAUUCUAAAAGUGAGCUAAUUACAAAUGAUAUCGAGGUAAACAAUAGUAAGGCCACUAAAAAUACGGAAAAAAUUCCAAUGUUUUCCGUGAUAGCAUAUAGUUCAAGUAAUAAAAUACAUGAUAAAAGUACUGACUAUGUUAAUACCUUACCACCUACAACUGAAUCUGAAUAUAUCGGUGAAAUUGAUUUGGAUAAAAGUAAUGAUAAUACUUGCAAAUGUAAAGCAAAACAAUACGUUAAUAGUAUCAAUCAUGGCGAUGGUAAUGAUAUGUCUUCAGACGAUCUGUAUACAUGCCACAAUACUGACAUUUGUGGAUGCGUUAAAACUCCGGAAAUAAAUUAUACAUCUAAACAAAACAUUCCCGAAAAUAAGAAGUUGGUUUUGCAAAACGAGUCACAGAUUAAUUCAGUUGAACUACAAAUACCUCAGUUUCAAGAUUUUAAAUGCAAAAAUAACAAAGGAGGUGUACAUGAUUCAUUUAUUCGUGAUGUGGUAAAAAAGUCUCGGAUAUUUUCAUCGGGCGAUUACGACGUAAAAUUUUUAGGAGUUACUUUGACAAAUACAAAUGUAACCUUUAAUACUAACAACGGUCAUAAACAUAACUUAAUAAGUGUAAAAAGCAAAAAUGUACUUGAAGAGUGUAAUGACAACUAUUACGCGAAAUUCAAAUUGAAAUCUACUACUAAUGCACCAUCGCAAUGUAAUGUAAGCGUCUAUAAUAAUAGAGGACUACUUCUAAAAAUAAAAAAGGACAAUUUUGGGCAAAAUAUGUUAGUGGAUACAAAAUUGAAUGUAAAAGAACAUGAAGAUUCAAAGUGUAUUUGUUGUGACAAGAAUAAUACAAGAGUAGAAGUAUCAAACGAUUUAGAAGUAAAUGCUUUUAAUUUAUUAGAAGAGCACUUAAAGGGAAAAUUAGAUGAACUUCAACGUAAAUGUGAAUUUACAUGCAUUCCUCGUCAAGAAAAAACAGAACUCUUUACUUCUAUCCUACAAAAAGUCAAGCAAGUGAUUUCAGAAAGUACGAAUCCUCUAUCUUGCUCGUGCGCUGGACUAUCUGGUAACGAGAAGCGUUGGUCUAGAGCCUAUGGUCUAUUACUAGAAUACUUGAAAGUAAAAAUUAAACGAGUUCAAUGCUCAUGUGACUCCAAUGAUGAAAUUGAAAAUCCUGUUUUACCUAAAGUGUUAGAAAAGAUUUGUAAUUUAAUAGAAAAUGAUUUUCAACGCUUAAAAGAAAAAUAUAAGCAUAGUAAUCUUAAACAGACUUACUUGGAACAGCAAACAUCUCCCAUACAUCAAGCAUAUACUGAAAUGUAUAUACAAGUGAAAGAUAGUGAAGACUGUAUCAAAGAGACAAAAAGUAUAGGGGAUAUUAGUUGUCAAGUAUCUUGUCAUGUCCCUGCCGAUAAUAAAUCGUGUGAGGUUAUGUAUAAUGAUUUCAAAAUUUCGAAUAUGGCAGAGAAAAAUGUUUCUUGUGAAUUGAGAAAUGUGAACGUGACAGACUGCUCUUGUCGAAAUCCAAUUAAUAUGUCUCACAAUUAUGAAAAAGCAAUUUUUGUAAAUGUAUGUACUGAACCUGUCUCAAGUAAUUAUGAUACUAUGACACUAAUCUCCAAAAACAUAACGAAUAAUUUAUCUAAGUUAUCUAAAUUAGAAUCGUUAAUGUCGCUAAAAGAAAAUGUUGUAGAAUUUAAAUCAAAUUUAGCUGAAAAUGAGCCGGAAUAUCCUUAUUUCGGAUAUACAUUGAAUUGUUCAUGCGAUCACGCUCUGGGGAAAUGCUAUUGUAUAAAAUCUUUGAUUAACAGUAACAAUGAAAAAGUUGAUUUAAUGUUGAAAUCGUUACCAAGUGAGCGUUUUCCUAAAAAGUUGUCAUAUAUUAUGUCUAAAGCUCCAAAUGAAGUGAAAUCUAAACCCAAAUAUAUUAAUGAGCUAGAUAAUAAUUUGGGUUCGGAUAAAUUCAAGCAAGAUAUGACGUGUUGUGAUAGAGAAAGUACUACUUACACUUACGAAAAUAUUGUCUUAAAAAAAUCUGACGAAAACUGUGGUCUUAUGUAUGAUAAGGCAAGCAGAAUCAACGAUAAUAGCAUUGAUACCAAUAUAAACAAUGAAGAUAGUUCACAUUGUCAUGAUUGCAGUGAGAAACAAUUGAAUAAGAACGAGAACUAUCACACCGAUACGGAAUAUGACAAACAUUUGCUUUACGACUCCUUAUAUCUUCCUACUGAUAAAUGUCAGUACAAAAAUGGUGAACACUCUAUGUACUCUGAUACCAAUUUAGAAACAGUUUCUGAAAAUUGUGACUGCAAAAUGGUUCCUGUUUGUCACGUAAAAAUGUUAAUUGAAGACAUUGAGAAAAAAAUAAUAGAAUCUAAAUGUACAUGUGAUGCAUUAGCUUCGCGAAUUUGUCCGGUUCACUCAGACUUC